GAAUUACUUCUACAUAACCGCUUUGGACUUUCUGCGAGAGAGAGCCCUCCGGCUGUUGUCCAGUAUGAAUGAAACAUUUUUUACACGAGAGUGAGCGCUCCCUAAUGUUUAGAUCGCCUCAUUUUAUUUAAGAAUAAAACGACAGGUCAUGCAAAAAGUGCGGGGAACACGUCCCCCUGUCCCCCGCGUCCUCUACGCUCUCGCCUCUCAUGUCAUUAUUUGUCUUGCUCCCGCUGGCUACAAGUGACUGAUAGGUUAACUCCUGCUUCUGGUUGUAAACGGCAGCCGAUGUCGGGUUUUAGUGGCAGGUAUGUUACAGUAGGCUACUCCAGGGAUUCACAUGGAUGACUAACCUGGAAUUCUGUCGCAAACCAGGAUUUCUUUUUCUUUCUUCCCCCUUUUUUUUCUAACAGUGAAACUAAUGUCUGCAGUCAGUGGCGCAUUCUAGUCCACUGUAAGGAGUUUAUUGGAUAUUAAAGUCAUGGGAAUCUGGAAGUUCACGUGCUUUUCGCUUCUUUUGGGGUUUUUCCAGUCGUCAUUCUCGGAGUUCACAGGGGGUGCAGAGCUCAACGUUGCUGUUGAAGAGGGCACAGUCAUCUACAUUAAUACAAGUGCUGGCAUAAACACACAGUGUGAAGUUUGUAUAAGUCAGGAGUGCCAGUCUUCUGUGAUCCUCAGAAAUAAUACGAGUUUGAAAUUCAGCUGUUCACAGCCAGAGGAUUUGUUCACCGUGCAGAUCAUCAGAGAUAAUGGAGAGCUGUCAUUAGAUACAAGCAAAUCCAAAGAACAUCAUGUCUUUCAAAAGUUCAAUCGGACCUUCACCUGGAUUCUGAAGUCUUCUGUAAUGGCAGUCUAUUUGCUUGUCCGUAGUCCUGGUUUACGGCAGAUUCAGCCUACAGACAGCUGCCCAGACAAACACGUUUACACGAUCACAUCGAAGAAUGUCAGUGUUGGGAGGUUUUGUCAGAAUGGAACCAUUACAGGAGUCAAUGUGAUUAAUGAUGGAAAAUUGUCUUUGGAAGUGACUGGAGGUCAACCUGUGGACAUGAACGAUUUUGGUGUAAUCCAUGGAUUUGACGAAUACAGCCUGGCUGUUAUUGAUGUUUGUCUCCCAGAGAAGAGUUCAAUCCUGGAUUUCUUUACCCCAAACCCUUUUCCUGAAAAUGCAGCGAUAGAGUGGAAUUUCGACGUGCCCCAUGAGUACUACAUAGAUUUCCACAUUAUAAGCUACACUGUUCCAACAUGCCUCCAACCUGAAAAAAUCCCAAAAAUGAGGUACAAUCGGAGGAACAAGAAGUUUCUGUUAAAACCACUGGAUGUAACCCAGCCAUUGGCAGAGAAUGGAUACAUUACCCUCUCCAUAAAGAACUGCAACAUGUCCAGGUCAGAUCCUCCAUUGGAAGACCUAAUGGUGCACUUUCAAAUCUCUGCCAGGGAGAGAACAACGGUGCAGUGCAAAGGGAAUCUGCCUGAGAACCAAACGCUACAAAUACGUGUGAUGAAAAAGGAUCCCAAGUCCCCCUGUGUGUUGAAACGUAAUGAAAUGGAUUUGGACGCAAUGGACACAGUCACCAUAGCUUCAGGAGACUAUUAUGACAUUGAAUCCUUUGACUGUAACAAGGAUGAACUAGAGUUGACUGUCAACCAGACCAGAGAAUGUAAAGAAUGGAGAAACUGUGCAUCCACUACAUUCAAUAUAACCUUCGAUUACAAGGACUGUAUCCCAGGAGUUCUGAAGAUGAUGACAUGGCAUCUUCAUGGCCCACAGAACAGUUCAGUGGAGCUACAGUCCCCUACACGUCUGCGUUACUGUCUGCCUGAGGACGAAUGCAAUAGCAACCUCCUCCUUAAUGUGUCCCAUGAUAACUCUGGCAUCACUGUUGGACAGUUUUGUCCAAAGGGAACCAUUGAGAAAAUCCAGAUCCGUGAAUCCAAGAUUGCAGUAACUGCCUCCGUUACAAGUUUCAAUGACUGGAAUUUAGAAACUGAACUCUUUUUAGCUUAUUCAUUUACACAAGACAUAUCAGAGCACUAUAUAUUCACUGUUGCACCAAAAAUGGAUAAUCCUACAGUGUUGGCGACCCCAGCCUGGCCGUCUGGGAUGAAACCCUCCAGCAAUGUGUCCUGGAUCAUUAACAUGGAGCCACAGCUUAAGAGCAAUCUGAAGUUCAUGAAUGUCAGCCAACCCAAGUGUACGGAGGUGCAAACAAACAUUGCAGUGCAGACCAUUGUGCCUCAAGUGAUAGUCUACAGUGCUAAAAAGGACGAGAAUAUUAAUGAUAUCCUGGUCCUAGAAAGUUUUUACCUUAACAUGACUAACUGCAAGUCCCCGACAGGAAGCUUCAGGGCAAUGAUGGAGAUCACACUGCAGAGCAACAAAAAUACGUUUCUGGGCAUCAUCCUGAGUAUUGUGGGUGUUGUGAUCAUAACAGCUGUGGUGAUCUCGAUUGUCCUCAGGAAAAAGAAGAGGAAUAAGACUCCCCCAGUGUCCAACUACAAUCCCAAUGCUUUCCUUCCAGGCCUCCAUGGUAUCCCCAAAUCACAGGAGGAGGAGGAAGAUCCUCACACUUACUGUUACAUUGAUGAGUCUCAAGUAUAUUCCCAUCUGCUUAAAAAUGAAGCUGAAAAUAAACAAUGUAAAGAUGAUAGCGGCCCACCUUUACCUGACAGACCAGUCAGGAAAGGUGAAAGCCUAGUCACUAAAGGCAGCGGGAUGGUUGACAAUGAGCUCUAUGGUUAUACUCAGGGACAGUCGACUACAUCUGGCUCACCAAAGUCUCCCAUCAAAACCUCUGAAGACGAGGCCUGUGAAACCAGCCUGUGUGUGAGAGAAGAGAGUCCUUAAAGGAAUUGAAUUUUCUACUGCAAAAAAACAAAACAAAAAAAUAGGUGUCUACGACAUUUGUAUAUGUAGUGAUUUUAUGUUUUAACAUUCUUGCUAGUUUUAAACAUUGUAUGUUUUUGAUAUUAAAAUGUCUAUACUACAUCAGAUGCAUUUUCUAGAAAAAGAAAUCUGUUUACGAUCAGAAAUGUUUUUAUAUUGCAAAGCGUUUUCUGUUGAUCUCACUGGUGUAAACGGAGUAUGUGAGUGCGACUCAAUCUCAUGGGAAAGAUAACUAUUUCACUAGUUGCUGAUUUCAAAUGAAUUUGUAAGAUUUGAAUUGUAUGAAAAAAGAGUAAGCAGAUUUAAAUGAAUUAGCCACCAAUUCACCAAAACAUAAUAUAGUUAUGAAUUGCCAUGAGUGUGUUCUGAUUCUGUCUGUUUCUGCUGUCUGGAUUUCAAUAUAGAUGAUCUGAAAGGGGACAGAUGCUGAAAGCUCAACUGCAAACCCAUUAAAUUACUCUUGUUUUA